AUGGCAUCAGAUUGGGCCGCUAAACUAGCAAAUGUAGCUCCACCACCAUCAAACUCACCAUCACAUCAAACACCAAAAUCAUCCGAAAAGAAAUCUAAGAAGAAAUCAUCUCAAUCACAUACUCAAGCACAUUCACAAUCGCCGCCACCUACUACAUCACAGCAUCAACAGAAUUCAUCUAAUACACCAUCGACGGACAAAAAACAGCAAAAGCAAUCGACGCCACCAGCACAACAACAACAGCAGUCUCAUGAUAAAUCCUCACAUGCAUCACCACAAUUACAAAUUCAAUCACAAUCAGAUACGACCAAUUUCAAUUCAAAAGAAAUUAUAAAUUAUUUACAGUCGAAUUAUCAAUCAUAUUUAAAAUCAGCUAAAAAUGAUAAAGAUGAAGAGAAUUAUAAAAUUUAUAAAUCAUUAGAAAAUACAAAUCAAUGGACAACUAAAUCAAAUUCAAAUAAAGGAUUUCAACCUAAAAAUGUAUUAAGAAAUAAUAAACACAAUAGUAAUGCAGAUAAUGGGAAAAACAGUCAUUCCCCUAACAACAAUAAUAAUAACAAUACGAACAACAGUACUAAUGGUCUGCAUAAUACAGUUGAUCUAUUAUUUGAAAUAAAUAGAUCAAUUUAUCAACAAAGGCAACAACAACAAAGUUCAAAUAAAACAUAA